AUGAAAAAUGUACUGAUCCUUGGACUGGCAGCAGUGCACGCCUUGAUUCACACAUCAAUUCCCUUCAACCCAAAUCCAUUCGCAAGCCCAUUCCUGGAGGAGGAAGACGAGAUAUACGAAGGACCAAGGAAUCCCUUGCUAACCAUAAAUGAAGCACACCUGUAUAUUCCUCAAAUCCGAAAACCAAGAAUAAGGAAAGAGUUUCGGGAUAUGACAAAAACAGAAUGGAAGGAAUAUAAAGAAGCAAUUAAUCUACUGAGGGCACAUGGUUAUCUUGAGCCACUAGCACGAGUGCACUACACAGUAAAGGACUACGCGCAUAAUUCACUUGAAUUCCUUCCAUGGCACAGACUUUUCCUUCUAUACUUUGAAUAUCUUCUGCAGACACUCAGUGACAACCCGGAUAUGACUGUCCCGUACUGGGACUGGACCAUUGAUGCAGAGAGACCAAGUGACUCCCCCAUGCUGAAGGAAUUCUACUGGGGCAUCACCCGGUGCUUUCUUGUCCAUGAACCAACAACCCACUGCCUGCAGCGCACACAAAGCACCAAAAUAGACCCGUUCUAUGAUGCGGUAGAGAUAAGCACAGUGAUCAACAAGAAAAACUCCUUCUAUGACUUCACAAUCGAGCUGGAGCUGAUUCCCCAUGCACUCGUGCACCUAAACAUUGGGGGAAAAUACGGAGACAUGGCGUACAUGCAAAGCACAAAUGAUCCAAUAUUCUGGCACCACCAUGCAUACGUAGAAUACAUCUGGGAGAGAAGAAAUUCCCUUUACAAAGGCACAAAGUAUGCAAGAGCCAGAUUAUACCCAGCAGAGAAGCUAGAUACAGUCCUGUACCCGUUCAAUAUGACUGUGCAGCAGGCAAUUGACCUGGGUGACUACAUUUUAUACGCGCCCCCAAGAGAAAGACAGAAGGAAGAGGAGCAUCUGGACCAGAACUGA